AUACAUACAGGCGUAAAUCUAUAGUCUGUGAACUUCGCAACAAUGCCUUUCGUCAAGGUUCUUAAGAAUAAGCAAUAUUUUAAGCGGUACCAGACCAAGUUCCGUCGUCGUCGUGAGGGCAAGACGGACUACCGGGCCCGCAAGCGCAUGGUGGCGCAGGACAAGAAUAAGUACAACACGCCCAAAUACCGCCUGGUGGUGCGUUUCACGAACCGCUACUGCAUCGCACAAAUUGUCUACGCCACGAUUGACGGGGACAAGGUCCUGGCCGCCGCCAACUCGAAGGAGCUCGCUCGCUAUGGACUUAAGGUCGGUCUGAAGAACUACGCCGCCGCCUACUGCACAGGUCUCCUCAUCGCACGCAGGCUCCUCAACAAGCUGGGCUUGGAUGAGGCCUACGAGGGGGUGGACGAGCCUGACGGCGAGAUAGCGACCACCAAGGACGAGACCAACGGGCGCACCUACUACGUCCCCGAGCUCAACGAUGAGAAGAAACCUUUUCGCGCCAUUUUGGAUGUAGGCAUCCAGACUACUACGACCGGCAACCGCAUCUUCGGCGUCCUCAAGGGCGCCUCGGACGGCGGCCUGGACAUUCCUCAGUCGGAGAAGCGCUUCCCGGGGUACGACCGUGACGGCAAGCGGUACGAUGCGGACAGCCACAAGGAGCGCAUUAUGGGCGAGCAUGUGGCUGACUAUAUCAACUACCUGGUGGAGGAGGACCACGAGGCGUACGAACGGCAGUUUGCCAACUAUAUCAAGCACGGUGUCUCCGGAGAUGAUUAUCAGGACUUGCUCGAGGAGGUGCAUACUGCUAUCCGCGAAGACCCGACCGCCGCGCCCAAGACGGAAUGGGAAGGAGAUCGCACGAAGUACAAGCGUCAGGGGAAGCUUUCUUACGAAGAGCGCAAGUCUCGCGUGGCUGAGAAGAAAUUGGCCAUGGCGGCAGCUGCUGGUGAUGCCGAUGAAAUGGAGGAGGAAGAGGAGGAAGAGUAACCAUGGCAUUGAAUUGGGAGGGGUUGAAAUUUGCACGGGCGACAACUCUUGGUUCCGC